AUGGCAGAAAAUUGUAUGGAAAUAGGUUUGGUAACAUAUAUUAAUGGAUCUCAGGUCUAUUUAUGGUUGAUGGAGGCUCGUGAAGAGCAACUUUUCGUUGCAAUGGUGAAGGAAGAUGUGCUCAAGGUAACUGAAUUAUCAUAUGGGGAUUUGGGAGUUUGGAUACAUCUUAGCAAAACAGAUCUUGAAACAUCUCAAAUUGGCUGUGUUAUGCUAGUAGCUACACCUCCGGUGAAGGCGUCGAUCUGUAGUUAUACCUCAGGCAUUGAAAAGGCAGUAUUAGUAGAAACGAGAAUCGUAUUUUCACCGGUGGAAUGGGCUAAGAAAAAUGAUUAUGAGUGGUUUGCAUACAGUUUUGAGUUUGGCCGUGUUGGUAAUUUCGCUUUCAAUAAACUCCUGAAAUUAAAUAGUUAUCAAGUAAGGAGGGAUGUUGUGUACAAAGCCGUCAUGAUCAGGAUACCGUCGAGUGAACUAGGCCAAUGUGUUAUAGAUACUUUUGGUUCAUUAUGGUCAAUCUUACCCCAAGUUCUUGUAUUAUGUGAUGAUCAGAAUGGUUUUGAUAAAAGACCAUGGUCGUUAUCAUCUGGUUAUCAGCCGCCGAUCCGAUCCGUAUCCAGUAAAAAUGUAGAUGAAUUGACUUCCUGGGACGUUUGGAACAAUCCGUCAAAUGAAUUUGCUGAGGGAAUUUUCGAAUCAUUGGUUUCUUCUAAUGAUUGUACGUCAGCGACAGUAGACUCAAAUUUGGGCCGAGAUCAUUACGAGGCUUGUUCACAGCAAGUGUAUCUUGGCGUUGUCAUUCUCAGAGAGCCGCAAUAUAGUAUUAUUUGGGGCAAAGUGCAUGGCUUUGUUGCCGUAUGUGCUACCGCAGAUUUAGUGCUGGAGCCAUCAAAUUGGGUUGAGUACGAUUGUAUCGAAACUGAUACGGAACUAGGUGUAUCGUAUUUAGCGAUAUACUGUGUGCUAAGCAAACAGAAACCAUUGGUGGUUGAGGCACGUGAAAAGUCUAUUAUUUGUCAUACAGUAAUACAUGUUCCAAAUGAAAGGAAAGCUCAAGCUGAUGUAGGAGGAACAUAUUUUACUAUGGUGUGUGACAUUUUAGGAAACAUAUUGGUACCAGAUAUUCCAGUUGUCCAUAGAUGCAUUAGGAAGAAUAAAUUAAAGGCUAAAGUACUCGUAAAAUAUGAUGUCAAUGAAAAAUGGCCAUGCACAUUGUUUGCUGUAUACGAAAAUGAUAUGCUGAAAAUGAUAGACUGGAAGCAAGUAAGUACGGAGUGUAAAAUCAUUCCGGAAAUGGACCGUUCUUUAGAUCUGAAGGAUAUUCAGUGUGAAAGUGACAAGCCACAGUUUUUGGAUGAUGAUGCGAAUAUACUAAGGAUUUCAGCAUUGCAGAAGAGUUUUGAGAAGGAAAUGCAUGAUGAAAAAGUUUUCGUAGAAGUUCGUAGUUCUCCCUGUUUAGACACCAAUCCUCUCCCAAUCACUGCGGAAAUUACUCAUCAAUGCAGUUCAGACAACAGUUCUGUUGCCAGUGCUAGAAACAUCAAGAGAGUGACAGAGUGUGAAGAAAAGCCUGGCCCUUCAGGAUUAUCAUAUACGACAGCUUCUGCAGUGCAAAAGACUUUACCAGUAACAAUACUAGUCAAACUGACUUCCACGUAUGGUAUUUUAUGGCAUAUUAAUCGGAAACUGAUUAUUGUACCUGGAGAAUAUUUGGGUAAUUCUGCAAAACUGGGUACUUGGAUGAAAGCGAAGGUAUCGCCUCUGGAUACAACGACAGUGGAUUUGCCUUAUCAUUUCAUUGUGAUGCGUCCUUUAGAGGAGAUUGAAAGUAAAUUAAUGACACAAAAAAUAGGGGAUGUUUUACAGGUUAGGGUACAUCUAGAACCAGGUGUAGAGAGUUAUAUUGAUAUGAAUGGCAAAUUAUAUUUGCAAAAAAACUCCGAACUUGGUCUGAUAUAUAUACCUUCUGAAAAAAUACCACAGAAAUAUCUCAUGAAGAAAUUUCGAGCAUGGGUCACUUUCAUAAGUUCAGAAUUAAGCAGCGAGCCGAUAUGGAUGGUUAAUCAUCGCCAAACACUAAUUGACGAAGAUGGAAAUGAGUUACCAGAUGAGUCUGAUAUAUGA